AUGGCAAAUAACACUUUAAAUAAUCAGACCUUGGAAAUUUGGACGGACCGCAGCAUAGAAUAUAAAGUGAUCAGUGCUUUGUUAGUUUUCGCAAUCUGUACCCUAGGCAUUAUUGGAAACGUGAUGGUGAUUUUAGUGGUCCUUAAUACCAAGCACAUGAGGACCCCAACCAACUGUUACUUGGUGAGCUUGGCAGUGGCAGAUCUCAUGGUGUUGACGGCAGCUGGCUUACCGAAUAUAACAGAUAGCAUCUAUGGAUCUUGGGUUUUCGGACACUCUGGAUGCCUCUGCAUUACCUAUUUCCAGUACCUUGGAAUUAACGCGUCCUCUUGUUCCAUUACCGCUUUUACUAUCGAGAGAUACAUCGCCAUCUGCCACCCGAUUAAAGCCCAAUUUUUGUGUACGCUUUCUCGGGCAAAAAAGAUCAUUCUUGGAGUCUGGGUUUUCACCUCACUCUACUGUGUAAUGUGGUUUUACCUGUCUGAUAUUGAGGAGGUUGUCUACGAAAAUGUGACCAUCAUUACGUGCGCUUAUAAAGUGUCCAGAAACCUUUAUUUGCCUAUAUACUUCUUUGAUUUUGGCUUUUUCUUUGUUUUACCUCUCACUCUUGCCACUAUUCUAUACGGACUCAUUGCGCGAAUCCUUUUUCUGAACCCUCUGCCGUCAGACCCUAAGGAAAAGGUUAAAAAUGACAACAACUGCAUCUCGAAAAGGAAUAAAAUAAACAAAUUUAAAAAUUCAAACCAGAGCUCAAGCACAACAGCGACUUCCCGACGACAGGUGACAAAGAUGCUGGCAGUGGUGGUGAUCUUGUUCGCCGUUCUCUGGAUGCCCUACCGUACCCUUGUAGUCGUCAACUCAUUCCUUGAGGAAGCAUACUUGGACACCUGGUUCCUCCUCUUCUGCCGUAGCUGCAUAUACCUAAACAGCGCUGUCAAUCCAGUCAUUUACAAUGCCAUGUCGCAGAAGUUUCGUGCUGCUUUCCGGAAACUCUGCCUCUGUGGGCGCAAGAGUCAGGCUAAACAGGCAGCAUAUAGUGUCGCGCUAACUUACAGCGUGGCCAAGGAAACCUCCAUGAUUGAGAGCACGGAGCACUUCACUACUGAGCUAGAUGAUCUGACACCUUGUGAGGAUAUGCUUCCUGACAAGAAGCUGCUGUUUCAGGACACAUGCACAUACGGGAACCCGGUUUACAGUCAAUCUUGA